AUGGAGAUAUUGAAAGUAGAAGCGGGCACUGUUCCGGACUAUGGUGCACUCAAUAUAGAGCUAGACACUAAAUCAAACACAUUCGAAGUGCGUGAAUUGCCAAAUAUUACAUGUGAUACUACUUCGUUCGAGGUUUUGUCCACCAUUAGAUAUGACCCUCUUAUCACCAAAAGCAAGGCUGAACUGCCAGAAAAAUUGACAACAAAGAUGUUUUUCCUUUGGGAAAUACACAUGAAGAGACUUCAAGUCACGCUAGAUUUCUUUCACAAUUUCAAAUUGGAUUCAGAAAGUAAUGAGGAAACAAAGGGCAGAAAGAAGGAUGUAUCAAAGGAAGAUGACUCCGUAGAAGUGGAUGGCAAGAUAAUAUUUGAAAGCAUCCGUGACGCCUUCAUGAAGGGCAAUGUUCUGACCGCAAACCCUCUCAAAGUCCGUCUUUUAGUGACCAUUGAUGGAGAUGUGAAAGUGGAACUACAUGAGACGCCCGUGAGAACCAACUUAUUUAUCGGGUUGAGUGAAAAUUACCCUAAAGAAUUGAUUUAUGACUUGUACGUCGAUAUGACCUCUGUGUUUCCCUCCCCAUUUACGUCAUUCAAGACUACCAAACGGGAUGUCUACAACAGGGCCAGAAAGAGAUGUCUUCCGGGGAAGUCCGCUUUAGAGGAAGUUCUUCUCAUUAAUAGCUCCGACGAGGUUAUGGAGGGACUGAUAUUCAAUGUCGCUGUUGAGUUGAAGGAUGGGUCAUUUGCAACCCCCCCUCUAUCUUCCGGGUGUCUCUGUGGUGUAACCAGACACAUGCUACUUGCCAAGGGCCUAAUAUUCGAAGAUAAAAUACAUGUGUCUGAGCUUUUGGUUGGCCACGAGGUUUUGUUAUUCAACGGCAUUGUUGGCGUCGCUAAGGGAAUAAUUCGUGGGUUCGUUGAGCCCGAAGAUCAAUAG